UAGCAUCUUCACUCAGGAGACAACUGUGGGUAGGGUGGUCAUUGCUGCUCUGGCUUCAUUCUCUGCUCUCAGGCAGAUUCCUUUUCUGCCAUGGACACCUUUAUUUCCUGCUCCCUCAUUAAAAAAAUUCUGCACUUUCUUUCCACAGUCAGUGCUCAUUUAUCCCUACUUCAGUAAACGAGUUUUGAAAGGGCCUUCUCCCCCGCUCAGAUUAGUGUGUCAAGAUAGUGUUGACAACCGAAUCAAAACUUUACAGAGAAAUGGUACUAAAACCACUAAUGAACAGAAUUUAAGCAUUAUUACUAAGAAUAUGUAUUUGCUGCUUAUCAACAAGAAAGUUCUUAAGGGGGUUACACAGUCAAAGAAAACUGAAAUUGAAACGUGCGAUAAUUAAAUUAUGACAGAAAGACAGAGAACAAAAAGACAGAGAGAUGACAGAAUGAUGGGGGAUCUGCAGUACAUUUCAGAUUUUUUUAAAAGGAAAGAUACGCCUUCUCUCAUAAUUCCUCUGGAAGUCAUAGCCCUCAGGCCAAAAAAAAAAAGAUUCAGACUGAUGUUUGGCAGUCCGGGGAUAACUGGGCCCACUGCCUGCAUUUCCAGUCUUGGCCUUAACGAAGUGAGUGCCAAGGUAAAAGUACUGAAUUACAGUCAUUGCAUUUCCUGCUUGUUCUCCAGUUCCAGAUAUCAUUGCUAAAAUGGAUGAAAGCUUAAAGAAAGAAGCACCUGCAUAUGGUUUACAAAAUUCCUCAGAAGCAUUGCUUUCUAUUCAACGAUUAGAUUUUAAAACAAGUUUUCUUGAGGCGGUAGAAGAAUUGCGUAUGAGGAGGGAUGCAGAGAUUCAUUAUGAAGAAGAAAUUAGCAAGUUUGUUGUUGAAAAACAGGAACUUGAUUGGCAAAAGGAAGCUCUACAACAUCAGAAUGAAGCAUUAAGCAAACAGCAUACAGAAGCAAUGGCAACUUUUAAAAAACAGUUUCAAGCGAGAAUAUUUGCUAUAGAAGAAGAAAAGGGAAAAUAUCUACUUGCUGAAGAAUCAAAAGAGAGAGAAAUUGAAGGCUUGAAGGAAACAUUAAAAACAUUACAGAUUUCAAAAUACACUUUACAAAAGAAGCUUAAUGAAAUGGAGCAAAAGCUGCAGUUGCACAUGUUGGCAAAAGAAGAUAAUCAGAAGAAUCUGAAUGAAUUUGAGAAAUGCCAUGCAGUUCUCACAUGUCAAUAUGGAGUAAUAAAAGGAGUUCAUGAGAGAUUAGAACAGGAUGUUGUGGAAGCAAUUCAACUCAAUAAGAAACUGGCAGUCGUGAACAAAAGACAAGAGUCUGAGAUAGAGAAUCUGAAAGAGGAGCUAAAGAAAAUUACUGCAGAUUUGAUAAGGUCCAAUGUCACUUGUCAGCACAGAGAGGGAGAAGAAAAUCUCAAUCUCACAAGAAAGGAACAGGAGUUACAAGAACUACAACAAAAAAUCUCGAUGGAGAUGGAAUUAAAUUCAAAAAUCGCUGAAGAAAAGGAACAUCUUAAAGAAGAGAAACAGUACUUUUUUAUUUUAAAUAAGGUGAUUAUUGCUUCUCUACAACAUAUGCAACAACUGCUAUGUAGACAGACUGAAGCAAAUGUCAGAAUGGAAAUGGAAAUGAAUGAACUAAAAGAAGUAUAUCAGACCCUUGAAAGAGAUAAUGAGCUGCAAAGGGAGAAGGCUAAAGAAAAUGAAGAAAAGUUCCUUAAUCUUCAGGAUGAAUAUGAGAAGGCACAAAGAACUUGGAAAAAUGAGGCUAUAGACUUCUCUAAUGAAAACCUAUUACAAGCAAGUCAAAAAAAGAACAAAUAUACACAAACACUAGAAGAUUCUAAUAAUAUCGAAGAAGAAAUUGGAAUAAAAGAUACUGUAACUUGCUCUUUGGAUGAUGAUGAAAGCAAUGCUGAUAUAAACACUGGGAAAAUUGAUUUAAAUUGUGUUGAAGAUUCAUGUUGUCUUGAUAUGAAUGAACCUGACAUGGCUCAUCUUUGCAAGAAAAACCAAAGGGAAGCUUUGGUAGGCAAAGCCCUCUGCACCGUUGAUUUUAUUACUUCAGGAUUGCCCUGUGGGUCAUGUGUUGCCGAGUGUGAAGAAACAGCAGCUAAAGGAACAGCAGACAAAAAAAUAUUUGACAAAAUACAUGCAACGACAGAAAUGAAGCCCCCAGACAGUUAUUGCUUGGUACAAUUAUCAGUGGAAGAACCCGAGAUGCUCUUAGAAAGAGUUGAUGCUGUAGGUCAGUCUAAUACAGAGACAGAUCAUCAGACACAAUUUAAUGAGCAUGUAGAGGGAAGUGUUACAAAUGAUUUAUUUUCUGAAAGAAAUGAAGACAUUAAUGACACACACCAAGAGGACGCUUCCUCCUCAAGUGAGGAGGAACGAAUCCAAGGGAGGAGUAACGAAUCCAAACUACAGGAUAACUCUACUAGUGAGAAAACUACAAAUAAUGCAACCUUCUGCAAUGAUGGCUCAGAUGAGUAUAGUGAUCUUUGUAAAGCAGAACAUACACCAUCAAAUCAAAGCACCAAUCAUAUAGCAACAUCCAGCAUCCUUUUAUGUAAACAGAUUAAUACUUCUCUUGAAGAAAUACAUGGUGAUAAUUUAUGCAAAAAUAAUGGGUGCUGUAAGCUGAGCAAGACUUGCAGCACAUCAGAAAAUACUCCAUAUUUGCAUGCUUCUUUCUCUAGCAAUGCCGGUAUAAAUACUUAUAUUGCCAAGGAUGGGAACGUUAAUAAUUUGCCUCUGGUAAGGAAUUUAAAUUUAAAUGAUGAAAAUGCAUUUAAAGAUAUACAUAUGAAUGAAAUGCAAAGUAAACAAUCUGGUGAAGAUAGAUGCAGACUGAAGAAGGUGAAUGCAAAUGCACUUGAAGGUCCAAACAAGAGUUUGCCUCUGCACACUGAAAAUGCAUAUGAGGCAGUAGACUUGAAAACUAACAUAACUAUUGGAGUGGUUUCUGAUAAAGAGAACAUACUGUUAAAACAAAGAGAAGAGUCAUUAAGUAGUACAGUUACAGAGGAAAUGAUUACAAAGGGAAACACAGAAGAAUCCUAUUCUUUCCCCAUAAAUAUAUCUGAGGAUUUAGUAAAGAGAAGUGGAAAGCUAACCUUCGACCUUCCAAUUAUGGAUAAAAAAUGCAAGAAAACUCCAGAAUACUUAAAUUUACCAGGAGCAUGUCAAGCUGAAAGUCAAACAGUGUGUGCUUCAAAUUCCAAAAUGCCUUUCCUUUUGAAAGAAAAAGUAAUCAACUCUAAUUCCAUCAACGUUGGUCAGAAUAUGAAUAUGAAUGCUGACACAAGAGAAGAGAUGCUAGCUUCUACCAGCAGUAACAGAGUUGCUGACACUUUGAACACCGGAAGUAUCAAUCUAGGCCCCAAGAGAAAUCCCAGUGAAGAAUGGAAUGCAAUUGCAAAGACUUUUUAUGAUCCUUCUUUUCCCACAGAACACGUCAAACCAGAGAGCCCAUCAGGACUGCAACAGAAAACUUCUCAACCACCUUCUGAAGUCAACACAGCAAUUUUAAGUGAGAGCUCACAUACAUGUGAGGAAAGAGAGUGGAAUUCACAAAAUACUUUUAUAAAAGCACAGAUCAACAAUAUUGAAAAGUUUCUGAAUUUAGAAAGGCUCAGCAAGCCCAGAAAAAGAAAGUAUGUGGAAGAUCUAGAAAAAGCAAUGAUAACAGAUAAAGCAGAAGUGUAAUUGUUUCUGCAGACAGAGUCUUCCAUACAGCAGCUGAUGCUAUGUAGAAAGAAGACAGCUUACUUCUCUAUGGUUCUCAUGCUUACCUACAUUUUUAAAAAGAAAACUUUAGAACAGACAUUUGAAAGUUAGCAAUGUAAUUAGAUAGAACACAGAAUAUCACUCAGUUGGAAAGUGACUAUUAUCCAUGUUACCAUUCUGCUGCUUUUUUCUUUCCCAUUCUGUAUUCGAAUAUAACCAACUAUAAAAGCUGAACGAACUGGGGAUUUAUUCUGCUUAAGUUUAUUGUUUUUGUACCCUGAAGUUCAAAUUAUUAAAUGUUUUCUAGCCAAUUAGAUAGAUAUUCUGAAGACAAAUAAAAACUACACAAAAUUAA